CGCCCCCUCCUCGCGGGCCCGGCCCAGCCGAGCCUCCCGUCCCGCCGAGCCCGCAAGGGUUAAGGCGGCCGCAGGUGAGGUGGGCGGGGCUGCGAUUUCGGGGAAAAAGGAGCGCGGAGCCCGGGAUGAAGGCAGAGCGCGCGGGUGAGUCACGGGCGGAGCUGGCCUCGCUCGCUCGCUCGCUCGCUAGCUGGCUCCCGCCCGCCCUCCGCCCCUCCUCCGCCGGCUUGGGUCGCGGCCCCUGCUCGCCCUUGGCCGCUGCCCCUCGCCGCUGGAGAGCCGCCGGCGCACCGGGCCCUGGAGCGCCCGUCGGUAGCGCGUCCGCCAGCCGUGCCCGGAGUCCGAGCGCAGCCUCGAGGUCUCACCUGAGGAGCCCCUGACCGUCCCUGUCCCCCACCGCAUCCCGCACCCCGGCAAUGCUAACCGCUGUCUGCGGCUCUCUGGGCAGCCAGCACACGGACGCGCCCCACGCCUCCCCUCCGCGCCUCGACCUGCAGCCCCUCCAGACAUACCAGGGCCACACGAGCCCGGAGGCGGGGGACUACCCCUCCCCGCUGCAGCCUGGAGAGCUGCAGAGCCUCCCGCUGGGCCCCGAGGUGGACUUCUCGCAGGGCUAUGAGCUCCCGGGGGCCUCCUCCCGCGUAACCUGUGAGGACCUGGAAAGCGACAACCCCUUGGCCCCGGGACCCUUUUCCAAGCUCCUGCAGCCAGACAUGUCCCACCAUUACGAGUCGUGGUUCCGGCCGACGCACCCGGGCACCGAGGAUGGCUCCUGGUGGGACCUUCAUGCGGGGGCCACCUGGAUGGACCUCCCCCACACGCAGGGCGCGCUGACCUCCCCUGGCCACCCGGGGGCGCUGCAGGCCGGCCUGGGGGGCUACGUUGGAGACCAUCAGCUCUGCGCCCCGCCGCCCCACCCACACCCACACCACCUCCUCCCAGCCGCCGGAGGGCAGCACCUCCUGGGGCCCCCCGACGGGGCCAAGGCCUUAGAAGCGGUGGCGCCGGAGUCCCAGGGGCUGGAUUCCGGUCUGGACGGGGCGACGCGGCCCAAAGGCUCCCGGCGGUCCGUGCCCCGCAGCUCAGGUCAGACCGUGUGCCGCUGCCCCAACUGCCUGGAGGCGGAGCGACUGGGGGCUGCGUGCGGGCCCGACGGGGGCAAGAAGAAGCAUUUGCACAAUUGCCACAUCCCCGGCUGCGGCAAAGCCUACGCCAAGACGUCGCACCUGAAGGCGCACCUGCGCUGGCACAGCGGCGACCGGCCCUUCGUGUGCAACUGGCUGUUCUGCGGCAAGCGCUUCACGCGCUCCGACGAGCUGCAGCGCCACCUCCAGACCCACACGGGCACCAAGAAGUUCCCCUGCGCCGUCUGCAGCCGCGUCUUCAUGCGCAGCGACCACCUGGCCAAGCACAUGAAAACCCACGAGGGCGCCAAGGAGGAGGCGGCGGGGGCGGCCGCGGGCGAGGGCAAGGCUGGCGGCGCGGUGGAGCCCCCGGGGGGCAAAGGCAAGCGGGAGGCGGAGGGCGGCGGAGCUCCCUCCAACUGAGCUCCUCCCACCGCCUCCCCGCGGCCCCCCCGGGCAUCAGAAGAGAACCCCCUGGCCUGGUGUCCCGGGGCGGCUUGAGCGAGGAGCAGGUGGUUAUUUAUUGCGAGGGGUGGAAGCGGUGUGGGGUCGGGGAGAGGGGA